AUGUCAUCAGUCCAAAGCGGGUCGCGAAGGCAUAGUGCACGUCUUCAGCAAAAAGAAAACGUCGACCAUGGCAGCAAUGGGGCGAUCGCGACAAGGAAGCCUCCAGGAACCAAGAAGCGGAAAGGUGCAUUUGAAGAGGAGGACGAGGGAUUCGUCUUCACAAGAGCGAAAAACAAGAAGGCACGUAAUUCUGAGGCUGUACAUACAGAGUCAGUAAAGACGUUGCCUACAGCUUCUAAAACGCCAUCUCGCCUCGAGACUGCCGACGAUGGCAAGAAACAGGAGAAAGAAGCACCCACAGCAUUGGACGAGACAGAUCAACCCCCGAAACAGAGAAGGAAAAGGAAAAUGUCUUUCUCUACGCCGGCGCGGAAGGAUCAGCAGCCAGCAACGAGGUCGAAGCGCUUGUUUACAGAAGCUGAAGAGAUAGUGAAUGAUCUGGUUGUAGAGGCACCGCCACAACCUCAACGACCUAUAACACGGAAAGAGGAGAUACAGAAAUCGAAGUCACCUGCUCCGGAGCAAGGAAACCUGCGAGAGCAGCCCUCAAAAUCCGAGGUUCACACAAAUCAGAAAGAGCCUCUGCAACAGGAACAGCCAAAGGAGGAUCUGGAAAAUCCCUCUGUAGAUCAUGAAGAAUCACAUUCCUCCACGAAAAUAAACCUACCAUUUGCAGAUACGCCGGUAAUAUCCAGGAACAAAGCAAUGCGAGAAGGAAAAGCUGGCAAAAACGAAAGAAGGAGUAGUUUAGGUCUUCGGGGGAGACGAGCCUCCUCUCUGAUAGACUCGGGGAGCUCAAAUGCACUGCCACAUGCUGAAGUGAAUGUUCAAGACUUCUACAAACAUAUAGGGAGCGAUUUGCUGGAACCGCGACGCAUGCGACAGCUACUUACGUGGUGUGCCACCAGAAACAUGCAUCCGAAGCCACAAGGCACGACAUUUGAAGAGGCCAGCGCUAGGUCAGCUGCUCGUGUUAUCGAAGAGGAGCUGCUGAAAGAUCUUGCUGAUAAAUCAGAGAUGUCGGACUGGUUCAACAGGGAGGACACAGGAGCUUCAGUUGUGCCAUUACCCGAAAGGCCACAUCCGAAGAAUUUAGAGAACGCCACUAAGAUAGUGGAGGUUGAAGAGCAGCUCAGAAGACUACGUGCCGAGAAAGAAGCCCUCGAAGCAUUGUUGCGCCCACCAUCGAUAGCCAAACCACAUAUCGUCAACCGUGAAGCGCAUAGUCAGAAGGAUAGCGAACUACUCUCCGAAAACGACACGAAAGCACUGGAACUACUGAAUCCUGGCUCAUCACUUUCCAAUGAGAUCAGCUCGCGAGUAAACCAAGUCGUCUCUGCUCUUGGUCCAGCCAUCGACACAUUUGCAGACGGCGUACACAAAAUCAAUCUAUAUAGGAUAACAGCUGACAAUCUGGCCAGCGAAGUGCUUUCAACGUGCGCUGAGAAGAUAGCGCAGCGUGAGAAAGUAGGCAAGAUGAAAGCUCUUGGUACAGACGAGGUACCCAGUCCACGACGAGAUCUAAGUAGUGUACUACGUGGACUCAGCAAAGCAGGUAGAUGA